UCCCUCCAUCUUGGUCCUCCCUUAUACCAGCGUUUAGAAGGUGAGAGGAGAGCCUAGAGCGCUCUUCCCAUAACCAAAAUGGCGGCCACGCACUGUCUGCCCAUAAUGGAUCCCGUGGCUAUCAUUAGGUCUCCAUGGUGACGCGGCCGGGUCCUUCAGCGUCCCUCCCCCUCAUUUUUACGACAGUCGCCGGGCACGUCACGGCAAUCGGGGCUGGUGUCAGCUGAUUUACUGCGGCGGCAACGGUACCGGCACCGGGCAUCCUGGGUGGCCGACGGCGGCUGGGCAGGGCCGGCGGUCCCGAAGGUCUUCCCGUCACGAUUUGCGCUCGGCUACACCCGCGCUUCGCCCUCCUUUGCUGGGAGUGCCCACGAGUGGUUUCGCUGUCGCGUCGCGGCAUGAGGUGAAGCUGUGACAGGUUUGAAAACACAAUGGCAGGAAACAGUCUCGUUUUACCCAUCGUUCUGUGGGGCCGCAAAGCACCAACACAUUGUAUCUCAGCGAUACUCUUAACAGAAGAUGGGUCCACAAUUGUAACAGGAUGCCAUGAUGGGCAGAUAUGUCUCUGGGACCUUUCAGGAGAAUUAGAAGUUAAUCCUCGAGCUCUGUUAUUUGGUCAUACAGCUUCAAUCACUUGCUUGUCCAAAGCAUGUGCUUCCAGUGAAAAACAGUAUAUUGUGAGUGCAUCUGAGAGUGGAGAGAUGUGCCUCUGGGAUGUGAAUGAUGGCAGAUGUAUUGAGUUUACAAAGUUAGCCUGCACACAUACUGGCAUACAGUUCUACCAAUUCUCUGUUGGAAACCAGCGUGAAGGAAGGCUUUUAUGCCACGGACAUUACCCUGAAAUCCUUGUUAUAGAUGCGACCAGCCUCGAGGUGCUCUACUCCUUGGUGUCAAAGAUCUCACCUGAUUGGAUUAGCUCCAUGAGUAUUAUUCGGUCCCACCGAACACAAGAGGACACUGUGGUGGCACUCUCGGCGACAGGCAUCCUGAAGGUGUGGAUCGUGACUUCUGACGCCGGCGGCAUGCAGGAUACUGAACCAAUAUUUGAGGAGGAAUCUAAACCUAUUUAUUGUCAGAACUGCCAAAGCAUUUCCUUCUGUGCGUUCACACAAAGCUCACUGUUGGUUGUGUGCUCCAAAUACUGGAGGGUGUUUGAUGCUGGAGACUAUUCCCUGUUGUGUUCAGGUCCCAGUGAAAAUGGGCAGACGUUGACUGGAGGGGAUUUUGUGUCAGCAGAUAAAGUCAUCAUCUGGACUGAAAAUGGGCAAAGUUAUAUUUACAAACUACCUGCCAGUUGCCUUCCAGCCAGUGAUUCGUUCCGCAGUGACGUGGGCAAAGCAGUGGAACAUCUGGUUCCUCCUGUACAGUGCAGCCUCUUGGACCGAAAAGAUAAAGAGUUGCUGAUAUGCCCUCCUGUUACUCGGUUCUUCUAUGGAUGCAGGGAAUAUUUCCAUAAACUGUUAAUUCAGGGUGAUUCUUCUGGAAGAUUAAAUAUCUGGAACAUCUCAGACACAGAUGAUAAGCAAGAGCUGGAGAUGACAACUUCUAUUAGCUUGCAAGAGGCGUUUGAUAAGCUGAGUCCUUGUCCUGCUGGAAUAAUAGAUCAGCUGAGUGUGAUUCCCAAUAGUAACGAGCCCCUGAAAGUGACUGCAAGUGUGUACAUUCCAGCCCACGGCCGGCUCGUGUGUGGUCGUGAAGAUGGAAGCAUAGUCAUUGUGCCUGCCACGCAGACGGCCAUAGUACAGCUGCUGCAAGGGGAACACAUGCUCAGAAGAGGUUGGCCACCUCACAGGACACUCCGGGGCCAUCGGAACAAAGUCACGUGUUUGCUCUAUCCACAUCAGGUCUCGGCUCGCUAUGACCAGAGAUACCUGAUAUCUGGAGGUGUGGACUUCUCCGUCAUCAUUUGGGACAUAUUUUCUGGAGAGAUGAAACACAUCUUCUGUGUUCAUGGUGGCGAGAUCACUCAACUUCUAGUUCCACCUGAAAACUGUAGUGCGAGAGUACAGCACUGCAUCUGCUCUGUCGCCAGUGACCACUCAGUGGGACUUCUCAGCUUGCGCGAAAAAAAGUGCAUCAUGCUGGCGUCGCGUCACCUGUUCCCUAUUCAAGUCAUCAAGUGGAGGCCUUCUGACGAUUACCUGGUGGUGGGAUGCUCGGAUGGCUCUGUCUAUGUCUGGCAAAUGGAUACUGGUGCACUGGAUCGCUGUGUGAUGGGAAUAACAGCGGUGGAGAUCCUGAAUGCCUGUGAUGAAGUUGUUCCCGCUGCCAUGGAUUCACUCAGUCAUCCAGCAGUGAACCUCAAACAAGCCAUGACAAGACGUAGUCUCGCUGCUCUCAAAAAUAUGGCCCAUCAGAAGCUGCAAACCCUUGCAACUAACCUCUUGGCUUCUGAGGCAUCUGACAAGGGGAAUUUACCUAAAUAUUCUCAUAACCCCCUGAUGGUUCAAGCAAUAAAGACAAACCUGACGGACCCAGACGUCCACGUGCUCUUCUUUGAUGUGGAGGCGCUGAUUAUUCAACUGCUGACCGAGGAAGCCUCCAGGCCGAAUGCUGCGCUUAUUUCCCCUGAGAAUUUGCAAAAAGCAUCUGGCAGUUCAGACAAAGGGGGCUCUUUCCUAACUGGAAAGCGAGCAGCGGUGCUCCUCCAACAAGUGAAGGAGACCAUCAAAGAGAACAUAAAGGAGCACCUCCUGGAUGAUGAAGAGGAGGAUGAGGAGGUCAUGAGGCAGAGAAGAGAAGAAAGCGAUCCCGAGUACCGGGCCAGCAAAUCGAAGCCAUUGACCCUCUUAGAAUAUAAUUUAACUAUGGACACUGCCAAGCUGUUCAUGUCCUGCCUUCACGCCUGGGGUUUGAAUGAAGUUCUGGAUGAAGUUUGCCUCGAUCGCCUUGGAAUGCUGAAACCCCACUGCACAGUAUCCUUUGGCCUCUUAUCAAGAGGAGGCCACAUGUCAUUGAUGCUUCCUGGUUAUAAUCAGGCGGCCUGUAAGCCACCCCACGGGAAAGCAGAAGCAGGAAGGAAGCUGCUGCCGACAGAGGGCGUAGGAAAGGGCACGUACGGAGUGUCAAGAGCCGUCACCACACAGCACCUGCUGUCCAUCAUAUCGUUGGCCAAUACUUUAAUGAGCAUGACCAAUGCAACCUUCAUUGGUGACCACAUGAAGAAGGGCCCUACCAGGCCGCCUAGACCAAGCACCCCUGACCUUUCUAAGGCAAGGGGUUCCCCUCCAACUUCCAGUAACAUUGUGCAAGGACAGAUUAAACAAGCUGCUGCACCUGUCGUUUCCGCUCGGUCUGAGGCUGACCAUGCCGGCUCUGACCCUGCUUCCACUGCUGCUUUACAUACCUGUUUCUUAGUAAAUGAAGGAUGGAGUCAGUUGGCUGCUAUGCAUUGUGUCAUGUUGCCUGACCUGCUGGGACUAGAUAAAUUCCGGCCUCCACUUCUAGAAAUGCUGGCUCGAAGAUGGCAAGAUCGAUGCUUGGAGGUAAGAGAAGCUGCCCAAGCCCUUCUUCUAGCAGAGCUGAGAAGAAUUGAGCAGGCAGGCAGGAAGGAAGCUAUCGAUGCCUGGGCCCCUUAUUUGCCUCAGUAUAUGGACCACGUCAUAUCACCUGGGGUCACAGCAGAGGCCAUGCAGACACUGCCUGCCGCCCCCGACGCCUCAGGCCCUGAAGCCAAGGUCCAAGAGGAAGAGCAUGACCUUGUGGACGAUGACAUCACCACGGGUUGCUUAUCAAGUGUCCCCCAAAUGAAAAAAAUUUCCACAUCUUACGAAGAAAGACGCAAGCAAGCCACAGCUAUUGUUUUGCUGGGAGUAAUAGGAGCCGAGUUUGGUGCUGAGAUUGAACCCCCGAAACUGUUGGCGAGACCCCGAAGCUCUAGUCAGAUUCCUGAAGGAUUUGGUUUGACCAGUGGCGGAUCCAACUACUCUCUGGCCAGACACACUUGCAAGGCCCUGACGUUUCUCCUGCUGCAGCCACCAAGCCCCAAGCUGCCCGCGCACAGCACCAUCCGGAGAACAGCUAUCGACCUCAUUGGACGAGGCUUCACGGUGUGGGAGCCUUACAUGGAUGUGUCGGCUGUUUUGAUGGGUCUUCUCGAACUCUGUGCUGAUGCUGAAAAGCAGCUGGCCAACAUCACAAUGGGGCUGCCCCUGAGCCCAGCAGCUGACUCCGCCCGCUCUGCAAGGCAUGCUCUCUCACUCAUUGCCACUGCCAGACCACCGGCCUUCAUCACCACCAUAGCCAAGGAGGUGCACAGACAUACAGCUCUUGCAGCAAACACCCAAUCGCAGCAGAAUAUACACACCACGACUCUUGCUCGAGCUAAAGGGGAGAUUCUUAGAGUCAUUGAAAUUCUUAUUGAAAAGAUGCCCACGGAUGUUGUGGAUCUCCUUGUGGAGGUUAUGGACAUCAUUAUGUACUGCCUUGAAGGGUCUUUGGUGAAAAAGAAAGGCCUUCAGGAGUGCUUCCCAGCCAUCUGCAGGUUCUACAUGGUCAGCUAUUACGAGCGGAAUCACAGGAUAGCGGUGGGGGCGCGGCAUGGUUCAGUGGCCCUGUACGACAUCCGGACUGGAAAAUGUCAGACCAUCCAUGGACACAAAGGACCCAUCACGGCAGUGGCCUUUGCUCCUGAUGGACGCUACCUUGCCACCUACUCCAACACUGACAGCCACAUCUCCUUCUGGCAGAUGAACACAUCCCUGCUGGGAAGCAUUGGCAUGCUGAACUCGGCACCUCAGCUGCGCUGCAUUAAAACCUACCAGGUGCCCCCUGUGCAGCCAGCCUCACCCGGCUCCCACAACGCCCUCAGGCUGGCACGGCUCAUCUGGACUUCCAACCGCAACGUCAUCCUCAUGGCGCACGACGGCAAGGAGCACCGCUUCAUGGUGUAGAGCCGACAUCUGGCGCCCUAACUGCGUUUUAGUUCUCUGCAUUCUCUAGGCUGCCGUCACCCUGUCCCUCCACUGGGCCUACUGACCCUGGUGUCGUGUGGGGGUGCGGCCAGGUGUGUGUCACUUGCGCGUGCUCCUCGGGCAGACCCUCACACAGGCCACCUCUGGAUUCCGAGGCGCGCACUGCUCUAGAGGAUGCGGCCACUCUGUCACUCGGUAGGUUUUCCCUGCCGGCGAGGGGAGGGAGAGUCGGCGGUUCCUGGGAACGCUCUUGUUGCUUGGCGCAACAGAAGCCCAGAAAUCAAUAACCACUGUGAUCGCACUCCCAGCCCCAAUCAGUGUGGCAGCCACGAAGCCCCUGCUCUGAGGCGCUGCUUGUAUCCGGAUUUGACACUGGGCGUCGAGGUGAUGUGGCGGCCCUCGUUAUUGCGAUUAUUCCCCUCUGACUUUCCUGAAGCAUACCACUGUUUACCAAAAAGAUUCUGUGUUUACGGGCUAUUUCCUUCUGGUGAUUGCUAGGAAAUCCCUCAAUCCAGUUUGCUAGGGUUUAGCCACUACCUUCUCUGUUAAUACCCAGCCAAUUUAAGUUAAUGAGAAAAUGCACGCUAACAAUUUUUUUCCCUUGUAGAAAAUACAAUUUUCUAGUCUCUUAGCCUUCUAAAGUAUUCGUAUCCUGGUUAAAUGACAGUUUAUUUAGUAGGCUUAAAACAAGACUCAUCAUCACCUCCAAUCAAUUGAUAUAAUUAUCGAGGCACUAUCACUAAUCUCUUAAAGCUACUCUGGUGGAAGCAUGGCCUAGCUCUAAAAUGAAGACCCUUGUCAUUCUUUGCUA